CUCUUGUCAAACUCGUAAAUCCACAGAGCGACCAUCGCGAUAUCUUAUAACUCAAAGGACAUUACCGAGUGUUAAAGAAUUAAUAAUCUUGCCAUCUUGGUGUUGAGACUGGUGUACCCGUGACAACAGUGAAUUGGAUCAAUCAAGGAUAAUAAAUAAGUGACUGGCUUGAGGAUCUUGGAUGGAACAAUAGAACUGGAUUUUCUUUUUCGUGGAUUUACCGUGAAAGGGCCAACGGCCGGGUGAUGCGCGCAUAUGUCUAAACUCGUGAGGACCCAGCCUCUGGCGACAGGACAGGUGAAAAGAUCAUCCGACCAUCAUCACUACCACAACACCAACAAUAGCUGUAAUAACAGCAGUUUUAAUAAUAAUACGGCGUUGCUGGGCUUCGGUGCUACGACGAAGCGCUUGAGGCACAAUAACGCCGACGACGAGAACGAGGAGAAUAACGUUGAAAUUGUUAAUAUGACUGAUACAGCAACAGCUAAUACCCAGAAGAGGGCUAAUUUUUCAGCUCUCACUGUUGCUAAUCCUAAUGGUGUUAACAAGUUAACACCGAAUUUGGGAAAUGCCAAGCCUGGCUCAGCUAGGAAGCUCGUUAUCAAAAAUUUUAAGAAUAAACCGAAAUUACCCGAGAACUACCAGGAGCAAACAUGGGAGAAACUGCGAGAGGCAGUAGUUGCUAUUCAGACGAGCAAAAGUAUUCGGUACUCUCUGGAGGAACUUUAUCAAGCCGUUGAAAACAUGUGUAAUCACAAAAUGGCGUCAACUUUGUAUGCUAAUUUGACAGUGCUGACGGAGUCCCACGUCAAAGCCAACAUCAAGCAAUUUCUUGCUGAAUCCAUGGACAGACACAUAUUCCUGAAGAAAAUGAACGAAUGCUGGCAGUCGCACUGUCGUCAGAUGAUCAUGAUUAGGAGCAUCUUUUUGUACCUGGAUAGAACUUAUGUCCUGCAAAAUCCCAGUAUAUCCUCUAUUUGGGACAUGGGUCUCCACUUAUUCAGACUCCACAUAGUCAUGAACACCCUGGUGCAAACAAGAACAGUGGAGGGUCUCUUGAUGCUGAUCGAAAAAGAACGUCAGGGUGACACAGUGGACAGAACCCUCCUGAAGUCCCUUCUGCGAAUGCUCUCUGACCUCCAGAUCUAUCAGGAAGCCUUCGAGGCAAAAUUCCUGGUGGCAACUGAAAGAUUGUACGCAGCUGAGGGCCAACGUCUCAUGAACGAGCACGACGUACCAGAAUACCUAGCCCACGUGGACAAGCGUCUCCAAGAGGAGAACGAGCGUCUGCUUCACUACCUCGAUAUGUCCACGAAGUGGUCCCUCAUCCACACAGUAGAAAAACAACUCCUCUCGGAGCACGUCUCCAGCAUUCUCCAGAAGGGUCUCAGUGGUCUCCUCGACGAAAAUCGAAUCAGCGAUCUCACAUUACUCUACAAUCUCUACAGUCGUGUGAAGAAUGGACUCGUCGAGCUCUGUCUCAAUUUCAAUUGCUACAUCAAAAAGAAGGGCAAGACGAUAGUCAUCGAUCCUGAGAAGGACAAGACAAUGGUUCAAGAGCUACUCGACUUUAAGGAUAAAAUGGACAAUAUUGUGAAUACGUGUUUCUAUAGAAAUGAAAAAUUCGCCAAUAGUCUGAAGGAGGCUUUUGAGGCCUUCAUCAAUCAGCGUGCCAACAAGCCAGCUGAGCUAAUUGCCAAAUUCGUGGAUAUGAAGUUGCGUGCUGGCAACAAGGAGGCCACCGAGGAGGAGCUCGAGAGACUUCUGGACAAAAUAAUGGUUCUCUUUCGAUUUAUCCAUGGGAAGGACGUAUUUGAGGCGUUUUACAAGAAAGACCUGGCGAAGAGACUGCUGGUGGGAAAAUCUGCCUCUGUCGAUGCUGAGAAAUCGAUGCUGUCCAAGCUGAAGCAGGAGUGUGGGGGUGGUUUCACAAGUAAACUCGAGGGUAUGUUCAAGGACAUGGAGUUGAGCAAGGACAUUAAUAUCGCUUUCAAGCAGUACUCGACGAAUCUCCAGAAUGAACUGUUGGCCAGCAAUUUGGAUCUCACUGUUUCUAUCUUGACGAUGGGAUACUGGCCGACUUAUCCUCUGAUGGAGGUGACUCUGCCUGCUGAAAUGGUCCAGUAUCAGGAGGUUUUCAAUAAAUUCUACCUGGGGAAGCACAGUGGAAGGAAACUGCAGUGGCAACCAACCCUUGGACACUGUGUCCUCAAGGCAUGGUUCACUGGUGGCAACAAGGAGCUUCAGGUCUCACUCUUUCAAGCACUCGUACUGAUACUUUUUAAUGACUCCGAUGAUCUGUCGCUUGAGGAAAUCAAGGCCGCUACCAAUAUCGAAGAUGGAGAGCUCAGGAGGACUCUCCAGUCGUUGGCCUGCGGAAAGGCUAGAGUCCUCCAGAAAAAUCCCAGGGGCAGGGACGUCGCUGAUAACGAUAGAUUCGUGUUUCAUGCUGAUUUUACUAAUAAACUUUUUAGGAUUAAAAUUAAUCAGAUUCAAAUGAAAGAGACGAAUGAGGAGCAGAAGGCUACGGAGGAGAGAGUUUAUCAGGAUCGACAGUACCAGAUUGACGCUGCUAUUGUCAGAAUUAUGAAAAUGAGGAAAACUCUCACUCACAAUCUUCUUAUUAGUGAACUGUACAAUCAGCUCAAAUUUCCGGUUAAGCCAGCUGAUCUUAAAAAACGCAUCGAGUCCCUGAUAGACCGUGACUACAUGGAGAGGGACAAAGACAAUGCCAACCAAUACAACUACGUUGCGUAACCACAACCAAAUGCCAAAGUCACCAAGCCACGAGUGAAGACGGUUGUACGUGAAAUAAAGAGUGUGCGAUUGAGACGUCAAAUUGAAGAGCAGACCCGACAAUUGAGCUCACGCUGGAAUCAGCGAUUUCGUAAUAAUCAAUACUUUAUGAUUAGAUAUCGUGGUUUAAAAAACGGCGAUAGGAAACGUCAGUUUGAUCGGAGAAAAUGAAGAAGAGUGAAAUAGAUGAAUAAGGUCGUAACCAUGGACCAUAACAGUGGUGGAUCACGCCUCAAGAUGCGUUAAUUUUCCGUUGUCAAAUGUGUAUGAGUGAAUCGAGAAGGUGAACAGGCAAUCAAAGAUGAUGGAAUGAUGAUUUUUAAUUAAUCAAUUGCGAGAAUCAUUUCAAUUUGGUUGGGUUCUUUCACACUAUUUUUUUUCUUUUGUAUAAAGGACAUUGCGAGAAAAAUGGUGUUUAGUGUUUUUGUGAAUAAAUAAAAGUUAUGAAAUAACUGGGGAAAAGUUCUUUCGUACGAAAAUUCCAGUAUACCGGGGAUGAGAGACAAAUAAUGUAGGUUUAUGUGGAUGUAUAAAAUAAGGAGAGGAAAAUCUAUUGAUUAGCAAUUGUAAUUGGAUAAGGAUGAAAAUAAUUCGGAAGAUCAAUCAGAGCGUUUCUCCCUUUGACGUUAUUUAUCGCACUCUUAGGGUAAUUAGGAGGCUGACGGCAUUUUCUGCGGUGCAUCAUCGCUCGUGGGUGAUCCCCGUCAUCCAGUUGUGGGGAUUUGAUUACUGUAGUCAGUAAUGGGGGACUUGUGGAUGAUUUUGCCAGUGGUUGCUGCUGAUUUUCGCGUCCGUCGGCCAAUUCUUUGGAUACUUUAGGCGCCUUUGCAGGGGUGCACUCCACUCUACUGCCCAAGCACGUAUCAAGUACAUCCUGCGAGGAGUGAACAUCUCUUAAGCAUCGAGUGCAGUAAAUAGCAAAACUUAAGGAGACGAGAUAGUCAGGGUGGGUUUUUUUUUUAAAUUCUCAGUACUGAGACUCUGAAAAAAAAUUCAAAGCCUUCAGCUGCGGUUGUAUCGUCUUUAGAAUCCCGCGCACUUUGUUUUUGCUAUUGCCAUUUAGUCCUGAACGCCCUGAACAGUAGGAGUGCAUUGUAAAAAAUAGAGAAGGAACUGCUAUUUACUUUUCAUAGUAUCAACUAACACCCAGAAUUUUUGAGAAUCCCUGGAUGGUGUACGACAAAAUGAUAAUUGACGAAUAUUUGGGGGGAGAAUUACAAUAAGAUACAACUGGUUCUUAAUGAUUUAAACUCAAUUGUACAGACAUUCGUUAAUUGUAAUUGAUCUAUGAGAAUGAAUUCAGAUUUAAUUAUUAGGAAUUCGAGGGAGAAAUUGGGAUUUGUAUAGAAGAGAAUUCGUCGAAGACAACUCGGUUGUUUUAGAGGAUAUCUUGGGAAUGAAUGGGCUUUGGAGGGAACGUCAGGAGAACUUUUUUGUUAUUAAAUCGACUACAAAUGUUUCUUUUGAUUUUAUACUGGAUGAUCAAUCGAUUUUCGGAUGUGGUAAUUAAUACUGUAGCGAUGCAGGCUUCAAUCGAAUUACAGAAAUGACUGUUUCUUUCAAUUUAUGAAUGCAAAAAUUUCGAAGGGGCAAUUUACCCUCAAUUGUUCAAUCAUUUUGUUCUCAAGUUGUAAAACAUGACAAGUCGGAAGAGCAUAUGUUAUUCGAAGGGUUUGUCUGAGAAUCUGUUCUAGAUAAUGAAAAUCUCAAGGAAAAAUGUCUCCUUACAUUUUUUCCG